AUGUGCUGGAGCAUGCCAGCCACUCCAAAGCAAAUGCCAGAGAAAACUGCAGCACAUGUGCCAGAGCAUGCCAUGGCCCUCCAGGAGCACUCUGGGGCAUACCAUGGCCCUCUGGGUGAACUGUGGCAAGCCAGCCACUCCAGAGCAAAUUCCAGAGCAAACUGCAGCACAUGUGCCAGAGCAUGCCAGCCACUCCAGAGCAAAUUCUGGAGCACACUGCAGCACAUGUGCUGGAGCACUCCAGAGCAGGCCAUGGCCCUCCAGGACACUCUGGAGCAAAUUCCAGAGCAAACUGUGGCACAUGUGCCAGAGCAUGCCAUGGCCCUCUGGGUGAACUGUGGCAAGCCAGCCACUCCAGAGCAAAUGCCAGAGCAUGCCAUUGUACUCUGGGCCACUCUGGAGCAAACUCCAGAGCACACUGCAGCACAUGUGCCAGAGAAUACCAUAGCAUUCUGGAGCACUCCAGAGCAGGCCAUGGCCCUCUGGGACACUCUGGAGCAAAUUCUGGAGCAAACUGCAGCACAUAUGCCAGAGCAUACCCAUAGCAUUUUGGAGCACUCUGGAGUAAACUGUGGCACUGACCUACAUUGGCCACCCUUUGGCAGUGACCCCUAUACAUUAGCCAGCCUUGGCACAGCCCCUAUCUCAUUGGCCUCCAUCAGCCAUCCUUCAGCAGUGACCCCUAUACAUUGGCCAGGUCUUGACAGUGCCAAGCCAUGUCACACCAUGCCAAGCUCUACUGUUGUCUGCAGAAUGGCAGAACAGGACAGACACUUGGUAAUGAAACUACAGGCACUGAAUGAUAUAGGAAACAAUGCUAGUGGCAUGGUGCACUACCAAAAUGUUGGUAAUCAGCUAGUAGACCCUGCUACACUUGUGAUCAAAAGUGCAGACACUACUACAGUUGUGGUAAUGAAACAUGUAGACACCACUAACAGCAUACUGCAAUACUAG